CUAGAGCAACUGCUCUAGUUGCUACGAGAAGGUUUCGGAAGUGUUCGGUUCUUUCCAGAGUUCCAGAUGCAUCUCCUUGCUUCUCUUGUGUGUUGCCGCUUUAUAAUGCAACCCGUCUCCGUGUGUUCAAGCAGAGCGACCAAAGAGCAAAGUGACGAAGAGCACACUGCAACUCACCGAGCAGAGUUUGUUACAGGACACAUGGCUUUAGCUCGCCUGUGCCUCAAGAAGGCCCUCGCCGGCCGCGCGGCAGCUAUGGCGAGGCCAGCGUCAGCCAGUUCUCACGGAGGAAUGGACCUCCGGUCCCUCUUCUCCUCCGCGGCAGCUGACAGCGCCGCGACCAGGGCUCCCCUGGAAGGAGAGACGAACCGCCGGGAGGUCGCCGUGGCGGACCGUUCCAGCUCUGCCACUGCUCCCGGGGGCCGUUGGCCUUGGAGAGACCUUCGGGACUUCGCGCCAUUCCGCCUCGUCAACGGGCUUGGGAGCGCGCUGUCGCACGUCGCGGAGACCCUGAGCCGGCCGCUGGAGCGGUGGCGGCCGCUGUUCGGGAAGGUGCGGGAGGACGAGGAGCGGUACAGGCUGCGGUUCGAGGUGCCGGGGCUGGGGAAGGACGACGUGCGGGUCACGGUGGAGGACGGCGCGCUGGUCAUCCGGGGCGAGAAGAGGGUGGAGGAUGAGCACGGUGGCGACGGCGAAUGGUGGUCGACGAGCAGCUACGGGUGCUACCACGCGAGCCUGCUGCUCCCGGAGGACGCGCGGGUGGACGGGAUCGCGGCGGAGGUGAAGGACGGCGUGCUGUACGUGACGGUGCCGCGCGUGCCCGGGAGCCAGAGGAGCGUCACUGAGGUGAAGGUGCAGUGAGAACGUCCGUCGGUCACCGCAUAGUGUAUCGGCUGCGCGCACUGCUGUGUUGUGCAUGCGUGGACACUUGUCUUUGUUUGUCUGUGUGGAUUGUGUACGUGUGCACGUAUGCUCUUUUCCUUUUCUAUUGUAAUAAAUGAUCGAUCCGACUUUAUUUCGUGCCUAGACCAUAUGAUGUAAAUGAUGUAAGGGCAUCUUCAACAGCAAUCCAAUUUUCCUUUUAUA